AUGUCCCGAGACUCUUCCCGCACCUACCUGCACCUCCCGCAGCCACGCUUCGCCGAUCUGUUCGAGGAGUUCACACGCACACCGCUACUGCCUGAGGAGAUCUACGUGCCACCGCAGCACCAGCCCAUCAACCCGGAGGACGAAGAUGACGUGGUGCCUGACCAGCACGCCGCCUUCGGCAUCCAGCGCGCCACCCAGAAGCAACGCCAACCUGCCUGGCGCGAUCUCGGUCUCGAGGAGCUCAUGGCCCGUGGUCCCACCGAGCCUGUCCGUGUUAGCUUAGCUGUCCGCACCAGGGGCAGCGGCACCGGCGAGGGUGCAGCGGCAGGGGGAAGUGCCGGUAGCGGCUUGCCCCGAUGA